CCCUUUUUCUAUCACACUGUCCCAUACUCUCUCUCUCUUAUUUCUCUGACUCCCUAUCUCUUUCAAUCUGCAGCAAACUUUUCUGUGACUGGGAGCUCCAUUGUUAUCUUACUCAAGCACACUACCCCAAUUCCCUUUGUUCUGAAUUCAUGGCUGCUUUAGUCCUUGUAGUGCUUAUUCUGACCAUGACUCGCCGUUCAAGUGCCACAUGGUGUGUUUGCAAGGAUGGUGUGGGUGAUUCAACCUUGCAGAAGACUCUGGACUAUGCCUGUGGAGCUGGGGCAGACUGUAACCCUAUCCAUGCAAACGGGCCUUGCUACAACCCCAACACUGUUAGGGCACAUUGCAAUUAUGCUGUCAACAGCUAUUUCCAAAGAAAGGGCCAAGCUCAAGGCUCAUGUGAUUUUGCUGGCGCUGCCAUUGUCUCUGCAUCUGACCCAAGCUCUGCUGGCUGUGUUUACCCAUCUAGUGUCAGUGCUGCAGGCACCACCACCACAACGCCUGUCACAACAACUACUCCAUCAACCACCACAACACCCUCAACCAUGACCCCAAGCACCACCACCCCAACAAGCACAACACCAUAUGGUACAACAACACCUACCGGGGUGUUAGGAGGAGUUGGCACCGGCUUAGGCCCUUCCGGAGCAGGGAUCAACACAGACUACAGUGAUGCAGGAUUCAGGCUCCAACGCUUCUCUUCCUUCACAACCCUCUUGUUUUCUGGCUUGAUGCUAUUGUGGGGUUGAAAAACAAAAAACAAUGACUGGAUAGAUUGUGCGUUGUGGUAGUGGGUGGUCGGUGGUUAUGCUGGAUUUCUAUGUGCAUAAGUUGGUACCCAUGUGAUUCUGCUGUUGUUAUCUUCUUCACCCCCCCCCCCCUCCUUACAUGAGCAUGGAAAUGGGGGUUUUUAUUCCCUUUUAAAUCAUGGUUUUUCAGGUUUUAUAUGUACAUCUAGAUCUAGAAUGCAGUAAAUUAUUAAUUUGAAGAGAAUUAGGCACUUAAAUCAUCCUUGGUUGUUAGUAAUUGGCGCAGUAGUAUUUUCAGAACUUUGGUUGUCUUUUAUAAAUUAGUUGGAUUCGUCUAUAUGUUCUUUGCUUAUUUCAGCUUUGUUGUCAUCUUGUUUGCGUUCUUUUCCAUGUUGGUAAAUGCUGAAACUUGC